AUGUUCAACAAGAUCAUAAAGCUCGCUCACAAGAAAUGCUCCAAAUUGGAAAUACCCGAAAGCGGACUUCAAUUUUAUGAAGUUGUCGUCAAACACGCCUCUCGUGCCGCCACCACCACCAACGCCACCACCACCACCAAUUCCGAUUUGCAAAGCCCUCCACCUUCGGCUCCUCCUCUUGUUCCCACCUUAAUCGAGCCACUACCGCCACUGCGAGACGUCGAGGAAUCGGAGCGCCGGGAGCUGAUCCUCCGGAAAAUCCAAGGGUGUUGCUUCUUGUGCGAUUUCUCCGACACUAACUCCGUUAACGGGAGGGAAACAAAGCGCCAAACACUCGAGGAGCUCAUUGAAAUCAUCCAAUCUGGGUCAUUCGGAUUCAGCGAAAAUCAAGAGGACUUGAUUAACAUGGUGUCCAUUAACAUCUUCCGUUGUUUCCCUCCAUCACCUCGCGGCACAGAAUACUUGGAUCCCGAAGAAGAUGAAAGAUAUUUGGACCCGUCUUGGCCGCACUUGCAGCUCGUGUAUGAUAUCCUCUUGCGCUACGUUGUGUCACCCGAGACUGAUAUAAAGACAUCCAAGCGCUACAUUGACCAUAUCUUUGUGAUGAAACUUAUUGACUUGUUUGAUUCCGAGGACCCGCGCGAGCGCGAGUAUUUGAAGACAAUUCUUCACCGCAUUUAUGGCAAGUAUAUGGUUCACAGGCCCUUCAUACGGAAGGCCAUCAACAACGUCUUCUACCGGUUUAUAUUUGAAACUCAGAGGCACAAUGGUAUUUCCGAUUUGCUGGAGAUUCAUGCUAGUAUUAUCAAUGGAUUUGCGUUGCCAAUGAAAGAGGAACAUAAACUGUUUCUAAUUCGUACCCUUAUUCCACUUCACAAGCCCAAAGCUAUUUCCUCUUACCACCAACAACUGUCUUAUUGCGUGGUUCAGUUUGUUGAGAAAGACAACAGGCUGGCUGAUCCUGUUAUCAAGGGAAUGUUGAAGUACUGGCCAGUCACGAAUAGCCAGAAGGAAGUUCUUUUUCUUGGAGAACUAGAAGUGGUUCUUGAGGCAACUCAAUGUACUGACUCUCUACGGUGCAUGGCCUCUCUUUUCAGGCAGAUUGGACGCUGCCUUAACAGCCCUCAAUUUCAGGUUGCCGAGCGAGCACUUUACUUGUGGAACAAUGAGCACAUUUUAAGUUUAAUAGCCCAGAAUCGAAAUGUUAUAUUGCCAGUAAUAUUUGAAGCUUUGGAAAAUAACAUGAAAGGCCAUUGGAGCCGAACGGUGUAUGGGCUAACAGCCAAUGUGAGGAAGUUGUUUCUGGAGAUGGAUUUUGAAUUGUUUGAAGAGUGUCAAAAACAGUACUUAGAGAAGGAAGCCAAGGCUAGAGAGUUGGAAGAGAAGAGGGAGUUGACUUGGAAGACAUUGGAAGCAGUAGCUUCACAAGCCGUGAGUGAAGAUAUGGUUUUGGUUAAUUAA